CUCGUCUUCUUCUACUGCUUGCUUCGUUUCCAGUAUACAUCGCAAUAGAUCGAAAGUACUGGUAGCUUAGAUCUGCAAUUGAAGCCUUUUUUCACUGGCAUUCCAAAGCAACCCUUGAAAGAAGGCAGCUUUAUUCCGGGGCUCACACAUCAUGCAGCUUAAGGAGCUUCGCUCUCAAGGUGUUCGCUCACGGCAAGCGUUUCAGGGUGCUAGAGGUGUGCCUCGACGACCUAUCAAUGUCGUCUGCCAGGCUGGCGGCAGCCCGGAACAGUCACGCAGGCAAAUUCUUGGAAGCUUGGUGACUCUGGGCAUUUCGGUGGUCAGCGCGCCAGCCAUGGCAGAUGCAUUCCUUUCUUCAACAGGAGCACACGGAAUUCUGGCUUCAGAGGAGGAGAAGCUCUACAAGCUGCGCGUGGAGAAGGAGUCGGAGGCGCGUGAGCAGCUGCUGGCUGAGCGACAGAAACUGGAGGAGGAGGUCAAGCAGCAACAACAGCAGGAGGGCAAGCUCUGCGCCACGCCCUUCGGAGUGGACGUGGUGGGUAUUACGGAACUCGUGGCGUUGAUCGGCGCGCUGGUGGGCGGCGUCACGGCGCGGCGGCGGAAGGAGGAGCUCGAGCGCCUGAACGAGCAGCUGCGGGCGAUCAACCUGAGUCUAAGGCAGCAGGCGCGAGCGGGCACCGUGUACGCACCAGGUCUGAGCUACGCGCCGCCAGCCACCCGCGGCGGCCUAAACAUUGCCCCCAACCGUGGUGACGGCCCCGCUGCCGCCUCGCCCGCCCCCGCCGCCAAAACCGUAGUUGUCGCCGCCCCGCCGCCCACCCCCUCGCCGCUGCCCUCCUCCUCUCCUGCGGCGCUCACGCUGCUCAGCAUGGAAGAGGAGGACAUGAGCAGCGACCAGCUGCAGUGCCGGGAGGCGCUGCGGGCAGGCAAGCGGCUGCUGAAGGAGAAGAACGGCGCGGGGGCCAUGCUGCGUUUCGAGAAGGCGCUUAUGCUGUCCAAGGCACUUGGGGACAAGAUCCAGGAGCGGCGUGCGCAGCGCGGUCUGGCGGCCGCCUGCCGGCUGACGCACCAGUACCGACAGGCGGUGAAGCACCUGGAGCGGGUGCUGGAGAUCAGCCGCGAGAUCGGGGAGUACACGGGGGAUGCGGACGCGUACGGCACCAUGGCGGACUGCUUCACCGACAUGGGCGAGUUCGAGAAGGCCGCCACCUACUACGACAAGUACAUCGAGCGCAUGAAUCGGGACGGACCCAUUUGAGCGCAUGAACCGGGAUGGGCCCAUUUGAGCGGGACGGACCCAUUCUGGGGGGCGCAGGCUAGGUUGAGAGGAGAGGGCAACGGAUGGGGAGAAGUACGUGGCAGGGGUCUAGGCAGGCGAGUCGUGUGUGUUGGAUGUAUUGCGGACCCUGGCGGACCCCUCCUUUUGCGGUUAUUUAUGGCCGUGGUUUUGUCGGUAGUGUUGUUGGUGGUAAGAGAGGAUGAGAGGGCAUUUCCUGGUGUCACCUGUUGCUGUGUUCCGAAGCCGCUUCCCGAGACAUGGUGAUGCAUGCGCGGUUGUUGGGGACCGGAGCACAAAUGCGCGAGCUCGGCGUGUUUAUUGCGGCGUUUUGGGGCGCUGUUUGUACGGCGUGUGUAUGACAUCGAAGGCGCCCGGGCGUGAGCGGGGUUGUCGUGUUUAGGCAAUGUAUAACUAUUUCAGGCGCCCGUUGUUCGUUAUAUCUUAUAUGUAUCGGGCCGCCGUAGAUGACGAUUGAGGACGGCUCCUCUAGUAGGAAGAAGCUUUGCAGCGGUGUUUUAGCCAACCCUGCAAAGUACGACAUGCAUAUGAAUAAGCGCUACAGACGUAACACAGUACGGUAGCGAUGCUUGGCGCCACCCGCUCUCUUUUCAGGUGGUAGUAGGAACAGCUGUUGAGUACGAAAGGAGCGGCGACAGCAGCCACGCCACGUCUGGCAAGUAACCGGGCUUUUGCCCCAUGCGGGCAGCCUAGAAGCGGCUGCUCACGAUUGCGGCAAUGUAACGGACAAAGUUUUA